AUGGCCUGGCGAAGUCAUGGCGCAACAAACCAAGAACUGGUCGAGAACCUAGCCAAGAACGGAUUGAUCAAGAGCGCAAGCGUCAAGCAAGCGAUGAUCCGUGUUGAUCGCGCCCACUAUGCACCCUCAGAGCCCUACGACGACAGACCUCAGUCAAUCGGCCACCGCGCCACGAUAUCCGCACCCCACAUGCACGCCUCGGCCUGUGAAUCACUACUCACAUACCUCAAACCCGGCGCUAAAGUGCUAGAUAUCGGAUCCGGCUCCGGAUACCUCACACACGUCCUCGCCGAGCUCAUAAAACCAAAUGGGGUUGUCAUCGGUGUCGACCACAUCCAAGCCCUCGUAGACAUGGCCAAUCACAACAUGGCCAAGAGUACAGAAGGGAGAGAGCUGCUUAGAAGUGGGAGUGUGCAGUUCGUCAAGGCAGAUGGCAGGAAGGGAUAUCCCGAGGGGACACCAUAUGAUGCGAUCCAUGUAGGCGCUGCGGCGGCAGAGCAUCACCAGGCACUUGUGGAUCAAUUAAAGGCUCCCGGCCGGCUCUUUGUCCCUGUGGAAGAGGACUACGAGCAACAUAUUUACGUGAUAGACAAGAAAGAGGACGGCAGUGUAGAGAGGAAGAAGUUGUAUGGGGUGCGGUAUGUGCCCCUGACGGAUGCGCCUUCGUGA